AUGCAAACAAUGUCGCCUAGCGGUAUUCCAUCUAAUGGUGAUAUCACCACUCUUCCUGACGCUGCUUCUUCAGAAGCUUCAGAUGCUUCUUCAGAUGCUGCUGCUGCUGCUGCUACUGCUGCUGUAGGAGAUCAGUUGCUGCAUGAACUUGGUCGAAUGCUCAAGGAGAAUGCGGAUUACAAAGCACGAAACGAAGCCUUGGAAGAGGAAUUGCGUCGAUUCAAGAAUGAAAAGGCUUUAGGUGCAGUGCAAGUAGAACAAUCCAAUGGUAAUAAUAAUAUUACACAAUCAACGACGAUAGAAACAUCAUCUAUAACAGCAGCAACCGCAAUAACGGAUGCACUCCAACACCAAGUUGUGGCCUUGCAAGGAAAAAAUCAGGCUACGGAACAAAUCCUCAAGUCAACAAAGGCGGAGAAUGAAAAACUAUUCGAAAUGAUUGUCCAAUUGAAGGCAGAAAAUAUGAUAUUGCGAAAUCAACAAGAAGAGCAACAAGAAAAAGAAAAAGAAAAAGGUCCAUUGAAUCACAACAUUACAUUGGAAGAAUCAUUGGAAUCAAUAAUAUCCAGCCAGCCCAAUAAUAAUGCGACUACAACAACCACAACGGCAACGGUGGAAGAAUUACAAGAUACCAUUGAACAUUUACAAAAUCGACUGAUGCAUCAAGUAGAAGAAAAGUUGAUACUUCAAACAAAAGUUGAGGCAUUGGAACAUUUGAAAGCGUCUGCUAGUAAUAGUAGUAAUAGUAGUAAUAGUAGUAGUACUACUACUACCAACAACAGCAACAGCAACAGCAACAAUAAGAUGAUUGGAUCCACAACAAUAACAACAACAGCCGCAGCCCAACAACAACAAAAACAAAACCAACAACAAGUAUCCCAAGAAGUACCCCAGACACCACGACAAGCCGACAUCAUUCGGGAGGCUUUGGAACGCAAAAAGUCGAAGAAUCUGAGGACUCGCAUCAGUACCAAGGUAUACAACAAAGUAGAUCAAAAGAUUGAUGUCCAAGCCUAUCAAAACUUGUACGAAGAAUUGCAAAAACAAGAACGAUUGGAGCAACGGAUACGAAAACAAAAACAACAGCAACUGCAGAAACAACAACAACUGCAACAACAACAAAAACAAAAACAAAACAAUCAGAAGCAAAAAACAAAGGAGACAUUGCAGCCGUUAUUGUCACCAAUCUCACGACCAUUGCAAAUACUACAGACCGAAUUUGCCGGUAAUAUCCAUUCUACAACAACAGCAACAACAACAGCAACAACUAGUUCUCCAAAGGAAAAUGUCAAUGACGAUACGACCCCGCUCAGCAAGAUUGGGACACAACAUUUGACGACACGAUUAUGGGAUUUUGAUGAUUGGGAGGUGCAACCUACAAAUACUGCAACAACUACCAAUGGUAGUAAUGGUAGUAAUGGUAAUAAUGGUAGUGCUGACCAAAAGGAACAGCCGAAACCAACCACAACAUAUAAAUUGUUGGAAUGA